AUUCAUUUGAUGAAGAUAAUAAUUAUUCAAAGUCACUUGAAGAUGAUAAUUAUCAAGAUUUAUUUAAUGAAAAUAAUAUUUAUCAGGAUUUAUUUGAAGAAAAUGAUAUCCAUCAGGAUUCAUUUGAAGAAAAUGAUAUCUAUCAGGAUUC